AUGUCAAACGCGGACAGAGUUGUGUUAGCUCUCGGUGGAGCAGGAACAGUGGGCUCUGGAAUAGUUAAAGCACUCCUUGACAAAGGUAAGAUGUCCUCAUUGAGUUAGGGAGCAUUUGAAGACUUGGAACCGAUACACCUGCGCCAAGACAAUGCCUCUGCCCACGAUCAAUGGGCCGGAUUAAGUGGUGCAAUGAAUCUUAAUGUCCUGCGUGCAAAAUAUGUAGGAUAGGCUAUAUAUGAAGAGGUCUGCUAAAUAUGAAGAGGUUUGCCAUUUUAUGCAUGGCUGGUCGUUGUCGGCUGGAUCAACAUGGCUCUGCUAGGAAGUUAGUUGAUUUGUGCGUUUCUCAAGGUAUAUUGUUGGGUAAUAGAUGAAAUAAACAUUUGAGUAAUUGAGACUGCGCGGGAAAGAAGGAUUAGGCUGGUGUCAAGGUGGUUGUAAUGAGUGCAUCCGCGUGUAAGAUAACCGGCAUCUCAUUUACGCACAUAAUUCAAGGUGUGAUACUCUUAAGAAUAUCCGAAAACUUGACAUCAUCUUGAGGUCUUAGAAAUUGAAAUCCAACUAGCAGUUAACAUCAACAAUAAUGUUAAUAUAAAAAUAAAAAUUAUCGUCAAUAGUGCUGGUAAAAAGGCUUAGGCUAGGCACAGGUUCGUCGGGACGCAAUAGAUAAUAAAUGUAUGGUUUGGAUCAAAAUGUCACGACGCUGAGUUAAUUGAUUGGUAUAGCCCUUUUGGGAUGUACUUUUUGUUUGAGGGUAUCAUAAUUUCAAUCUUGUUAACAUUCAUUUGUCUAACCACACAGUAAUUCCUAAAGUGACAAGUUGCCAUUGCUUGUCAAGUGGUUAUUCUGGUUUCUUGAAUUAUAUAUAUUUUUGAAUGGUAUAGUAACAUUAUAUUCUACAAUGUUAUAGGAAACAGAGUUAUAAAUAAGCAAAACCAUCUACUGCAGUAAAAUUGCCCUUUUGUUUGCCAUGUGUCAGUCAUAUUUGAUAAUGACAUGUCCUGAUUGUGACUGUGUACUGUACUUGUUUUAAGGUUUCAAGGUGGCUGUCAUCUCCAGAGACAACAGCAGGUUGGAGAAGCUCAGGGGGUUUGUUUCUACCUCUACCCGAGACAACCUCACCACCCUAGUUGGGAAUGUUGGUAAGACAUUUAGUCAGAAACACAAUUUUACAUAGACACAUUUUACAAGUGAGAGUAUUGUUGAAGGUAUCCCAUAUCCCCAAAACGUAGUGUACGGAAACACCUCUCAAACUCUGUUACUCUUUUUCUUAGGUUCAGAGGAGGGGGCAGAGGUGGUCAAGCAGGCCCUUCUGAAGUCUGUUGGCAAGGUGACAGACAUUGUGUCAUCUCUGGGCUUCAGCUGGUGGCAGGGUGGACCUCCACAUAGCCAGACUUUGAAAGAACUACACUGGGUGAGUCCUCAAAACACCUCACAGACUAAUCCACGAUCCAGAGUUGAUAUCAUCACCAUUAUCUUUUAAGCUGCCAUGACUUCAUUGUUUUUAAGCCACACUCCACAGUCUUCAUCUCUUUGUUAUCAGUUCCACAUCUAUCUCGAUUUUCCACUCGUCUUGAAUUCGCCACCUCUCUCCCUCCUUUCUUCUCCAUAUUAAUCUAUUAUUUUACUCAUUCUUCUCAUCCACCCAUAGGUGAUUGAGACAUUGCUGUUCAGCACCUUUGUAUCAUGGAAGGUUUUCUUUCCACUGGUGAGAGACGACCCCAACUGCACUUACACCUUUAUCACAGGUGAGUCUCCCACCUGGGCCCCUCCCAACAUCCCAGCCAGUCAGGGCCAGUUCCAGGCAUAAGCGGUCAAAUUGCAGAAAAUUAGCUGUAAAAACAAACAAACAAUCUCCCUGCCCCAUGGUAAAAUGAGUAGAAUUGCAUAAAAUGUGUUAUAAAAUUGUAAUGUUUUCUCUCCGCCCAUGGCAAAAUAUGUAGAAUUGUGGAAAAUGUGCUUAAACAGUCCAAUUCAGACGUUUUUAUCUCAAUAUCAUUUCUGGUAACAAUGAAGUACCUUACUGUGGUUGAUUUCAAUUAAAAUUGUCCAAAAUAAACAAAAAUAGUUUCUUAGCAAAGAGCAAUUUCUCAAGCAAAUUUUGCUAGGACUGUCUGGUAGUGGCCUGAGUGGGGAGGGGAAAACUGAAAAUGAGCUGGUAUUGGCAGAGAGGUUUGGCACUCUUUCUUAUUGGUCUAUUAACUAAUUUGCUGCAUGUUGAUAUCAACUCCAUCCCACCAAAACAGGCAUACAUUUCAGGCGGUCUUUUCAAACAGCUCUUACACUAAAAGGGCAUUAUCAUCAUGUUCACAAUUUCACAGUAUUAUUCCAACCUUGUAGUGUAGAAAUACACUACAUGACCAAAAGUAUGUGGACACGUGCUUGUCGAACAUCUCAUUCCAAAAUUAAAGGCAUUAAUAUGGAGUUGGUCCCCCCUUUGCUGCUAUAACAGCCUCCACUCUUCUGGGAAGGCUUUCCAUUAGAUGUUGGAACAUUGCUGCAGGGACUUGCUUCCAUUCAGCCACAAGAGCAUUAGUGAGGUCGGGCACUGAUGUUGGGCGAUUAGACCUGGCUCGCAGUCGGUGUUCCAAUUAAUCCCAAAGGUGUUCGAUGGGGUGGAGGUCAGGGCUCUGUGCAGGCCAGUCAAGUUCUUCCACACCAAUCUCGACAAACCAUUUCUGUAUGGACCUCUCUUUAUGCACAGGGGCAUUGUCAUGCUGAAACAAGAAAGGGCCUUCCCCUAAACUGUUGCCACAAAGUUGGAAGAACAGAAUCGUCUGGAAUGUCAUUGUAUGCUGUAGCGUUAAGAUUACCCUUCACUGGUACUAAGGGGCCUAGCCAGAACCAUGAAAAACAGUCCCAGACCAUUAUUCCUCCUCCACCAGACUUUACAGUUGGCACUGCAUUUGGGCAGGUAGCAUUCUCCUGGCAUCCGCCAAACCCAGAUUUGUCUGUCGGACUGCCAGAUGAUGAAGCGUGAUUCAGCACACGCGUUUCCACUGCUCCAGAGUCCAAUGGCGGCAAGCUUUCCACCACUCUAGCUGAUGCUUGGCAUUGCGCAUGGUGAUCUUAGGCUUGUGUGCGGCUGCACGGCCAUGGAAACGCAUUUCAUGAAGCUCCCGACAAACAGUUCUUGUGCUGACGUUGCUUCCAGAGGCAGUUUGGAAAUCGGUAGUGAGUGUUGCAACCGAGGACAGAUUAUUUUUACGCGCUAUGCGCUUCAGCACUCGGCUGUCCCGUUCUGUGAGCUCGUGUGGCCUACCACUUCGCGGCUGAGCCGUUGUUGCUCCUAGACGUUUCUACUUCACAAUAACAGCACUUACAGUUGACCAGUGCAGCUCUAGCAGGGCAGAAAUUUGACGAACUAACUUGUCGGAAAGGUGGCAUCCCAUGACGUUGCCACGUUGAAAGUCACUGAGCUCACCGGUAAGGCCAUUCUACUGCCAAUGUUUGUCUAUGGAGAUUGCAUGGCUGUGUGCUCGAAUUUAUACACCUGUCAGCAACGGGUGUGGCUGAAUCCACUAAUUUUAAGUGGUGUCUACAUACUUUUGUAUAUAUACAGUGCCUUCGGAAAGUAUUCAGACCCCUUGACUUUUUCCACACAAUACCCCAUAAUGAGAAAGCAAAAACAGGUUUGUAGAAAUUACAACAACAAAAAAAAUAUAUAUAUAUCACAUUUACAUAAGUAUUCAGACCCUUUACUCAGUACUUUGUUGAAACACCUUUGGCAGCAAUUACAGCCUUGAGUCUUCUUGGGUAUGACGCUACAAGCUUGGCACACCUGUAUUUGGGGAGUUUCUCCCAUUCUUCUCUGCAGAUCCUCUCAAGCUCUGUCAGGUUGGAUGUGGAGCGUUGCUGCACAGCUAUUUUCAGGUCUCUCCAGAGAUGUUAGAUCAGGUUCAAGUCUGGGAUCUGGCUGGGUCACUCAAGGACAUUCAGAGACUUGUCCCGAAGCCACUCCUGCAUUGUCGGUUGUGUGCUUAGGGUCGUUGACCUGUUGGAAGGUGAACCUUCGCCCCAGUCUGAGGUCCUGAGCACUCUGGAGCAGGUUUUUAUCAAAGAUCUCUCUGUACUUUCCUCAGUUAAUCUUUGCCUUGAUCCUGACUAGUCUCCCAGUCCCUGCUGCUGAAAAACACCCCCACAGCAUGAUGCUGCCACCACCAUGCUUCACCGUAGGGAUGGUGCCAGGUUUCUUUCAGACGUGACGCUUGGCAUUCAGGCCAAAGAGUUCAAUCUUAGUUUCAUCAGAGAAUCUUGUGGCUCAUGGACUGAGAGUCUUUAAGUGCCUUUUGGCAAACCCCAAGCGGGCUGUCAUGUGCCUUUUACUGAGGAGUGGCUUCCGUCUGGCCACUCUACCAUAAAGCUCUGAUUGGUGGAGUGCUGCAGAGAUAGUUGUCCUUCUGGAAGGUUCUCCCAUCUCCACAGAGGAACUCUAGAGCUCUGUCAGAGUGACCAUCGGGUUCUUGGUCACCCUUCUGCCACUGUGUUCUUGGGGACCUUCAAUGCUGCAGACAUUUUUUCAAUAACCUUCCCCAGAUCUGUGCCUCAACACAAUCCUGUCUAGGAGCUCUACAGACAAUUCCUUCGACCUCAUGGCUGGGUUUUUGCUCUGACAUGCACUGUCAACUGUGGGACCUUAUAUAGACAGGUGUGUGCCUUUCCAAAUCAUGUCCAAUCAAUUGAAUUUACCACAGGUGGACUCCAAUCAAUGGAAACAGGAUGCACCUGAGCUAAAUGUCGAGUCUCAUAGCAAAGGGUCUGAAUACUUAUGUAAAUAAGGUAUUUCAGUUGUAUUUUUUAAUAAAUUAGCAAAACUUUCACUUUGUCAUUAUGGGGUAUUGUGUGUAGAUUGCUGAGGAUAUAUAUAUGUGUAUGUAUGUUUUUAAUUCAUUUUAGAAUAAGGCUAUAACGUAACAAAGUGGAAAAAGUCAAGGGGUCUGAAUACUUUCCGAAGGCACUGUAGUGUAUAGUGCAUUCGGAAAGUAUUCAGACCCCUUGACUAAAAUAGAUUAAAUUGUUUUUUUCCCCUCAUCAAUCUACACACAAUACCCUAUAAUGACAAAGCAAAAAUAGGUUUUUAGAAAUUGUAGCAAAUGUAUGACAAAUAAAAAAAAUGUAAAUAUCACAAGGAAAUCACAUUUUUGACUGCACUGGGCCUUUUUUAAAACUGAAAUCUUCUGUACUCCCCAUGGCAAAAUGUGUAAAAUUGCAGGAAAUUAACUUUAAAACUCUCCACUGUCAAGAGGGGGGCCGCUAAAAUGUUUUGCCCCUCACCAAAUCUCGCUUAGGGCCACCAAAAGGCUAGAGCCAGCCCUGCAGCCAGUACAGUAGUGUAUGUCCUUCUGAGCAUUAUGUGAAAGUGAUUGAACCAUUGGCCAAGUUUGAGUGACAGAUGUGCAACACUUUGUCUUGAGGAACAACUUUCUUCCCCACUUGAUAAAACAUGAUUUUUCUCCUUGCACUUGCUGAGUAUGACUUGAGUGUUAUUUGGCAGUGAUGUGUGCUGUGCCACAGGUGGUGCCGGGGAGAAGCUGUUGAUGCCAGGUACAGGGUUCCUAACUGUUGGCGCCGCCAGCACCCUGGCAUUCUGUCAGGUAUUACGAGAGGAGUACCCAGAAGUGCCCUGCAAACUCAACCAGGUUUGGCCAAGAUCCAUAACAUAAAACACAUCCCAUUGUUUGGUAAGAUAGUUAGCUGGGGGAUAUUCAGGACCAUGUUAUCAGUUGCAGUACUUGUCUCAAUCUGCCCAAAUAGAAAUUGUUGAUAAAAGUUGUCUGCAGCAUGCGAUUGUAAAUACAACCUUUCCUUGCCUUGUUUGCUGUUUCAUAUACAGUAGAUUGACUAUCAUUAAUCAAUGCCAACUGGCUUCCAUUAUCUUGCUCUUUCAGGUAAAGAUCAACACAGGUGUGGCCCCUCCAGAGCGCAUGGCUCCUGAUUACCUGAACCACCUGGACCUUGGUGAGGCCGUGGCCACAUUGGUGGAGAGAAAGAACACUACCCACACCGUGUUCCCUGUCAACUGCCCGGUGGACUUAAAAAACGUCAUUCUAGAGGGUAACAUUCAAGGCUGCCCCUCUCUGCCAUAA